AUGAGUGCCAUGAGGAACAGAAGAAAUGGAACCUUUGAGAGUUCCAAACUCCUUUACUCCAGUAUGUCUCGAAGCACAGACGUAUCAUACAAUGAUAGUGAUUUGGCCAACUUCAUUCAGGAAAAUUUUAAAAGGAGAGAAUGUGUUGUCUUCACAAAAGAUACAAAGUCCAUGGACAAUAUGUGUAAAUGUGGAUAUUUGCAAAGCCAGCAUAUAGAAGGCACUGAGGUCAAUAAGAAUGAGAAAUGGAAUUAUAAGAAACACACAAAGGAACUCCCUACUAAUGCCUUUGGGGACAUUCAGUUUGAAAAUAUGGGGAAAAAAGGAAAGUACAUACGUUUAUCAUGUGACACAGACUCUGAAACGCUCUAUGAGCUGAUGACUCAGCAUUGGCACCUGAAAACUCCCAACCUUGUCAUCUCAGUCACAGGGGGAGCAAAAAAUUUUGCACUGAAGCCACGGAUGCGCAAGAUAUUUAGCAGGCUAAUCUUCAUUGCCCAGUCCAAAGGAGCUUGGAUUUUCACAGGAGGUACUCACUACGGACUGAUGAAAUACAUUGGGGAAGUGGUGAGGGACAACACCAUCAGUAGGACUUCCGAGGAGAAUGUGGUAGCUAUCGGCAUAGCUGCCUGGGGCAUGAUUUCCAACAGAGAAACUCUGAUCAGAAGCAGCAAUAACAACGAGUAUUAUUUAGCUCACUAUAUAAUGGAUGACCUUAAGAGAGACCCACUGUAUUGCCUGGACAAUAAUCAUACCCAUCUGUUACUGGUUGAUAAUGGCACCCAUGGAUGCCCAGCAACAGAGGCUAAGUUACGGGCUCAGUUAGAAAAAUACAUUUCAGAACGUGUUAUUCCAGAUUCUAAUUAUGGUGGGAAGACUCCAAUUGUGUGCUUUGUCCAAGGAGGAGGGAGGGAAACUUUGAAAGCUAUCAAUGUUGCUGUCAAGAGUAAAAUCCCCUGUAUAGUAGUGGAGGGUUCAGGUCAGAUUGCAGAUGUAAUAGCAAGCCUAAUGGAGGUGGAAGGUUCUCUGUCAUCUUCGUGUGUCAAGGAAGGCCUGCUGAGAUAUCUGCCUCGUACUGUGUCAAGACUCUCGGAAGAGGAGACUGAAAGCUGGAUCAAAUGGACCAAGGAAGUCCUUGAAAACCCACAUUUACUUACUGUUAUUAAAAUAGAAGAAGCAGGAGAUGAAAUUGUGAGCAAUGCCAUUUCAUUUGCUCUAUAUAAAGCCUUCAGCACCAAUGAACAUGAUAAAGAUAACUGGAAUGGGCAGCUCAAGUUGCUUCUUGAGUGGAACGAGCUGGACCUGGCCAACGAUGAGAUCUUCACCAAUGACCGACAUUGGGAGUCUGCUGACCUUCAGGAUGUCAUGUUCAUGGCCCUAGUAAAGGACAGGCCCAAAUUUGUCCGUCUCUUCCUGGAAAAUGGGUUGAAUUUGAGGAAGUUUCUCACUAAUGAGGUCCUUACAGAGCUGUACACCAACAACUUUAGCAGCCUGGUGUUUAAGAACUUGCAGAUUGCUAAGAACUCCUACAAUGAUUCACUUCUUACAUUCGUGUGGAAGAUGGUUGAAGACUUCCGAAGAGUCCUUAAAAGAGAGGACAAGAACAGCAAGGAUGAGACAGAGAUAGAGUUCUCAGAUGGGUCUCCAGUCACAAGACACCCUUUGCAAGCUCUCUUUAUCUGGUCAGUUCUUCAGAAUAAGAGGGAGUUAUCCAAAGUCCUUUGGGAACAGACCAGGGGCUGCACUUUGGCAGCACUAGGUGCCAGUAAGCUACUAAAAAGCUUGGCAAAAGUGAAGAAUGACAUUAAUGCUGCUGGAGAGUCUGAGGAGCUGGCCAAUGAAUAUGAAACUAGAGCAGUAGAGCUGUUCACUGAAUGUUACAGCAGUGAUGAAGAUCUGGCAGAGCAGCUGCUGACCUACUCCUGUGACGCCUGGGGUGGAAGCAGUUGUCUAGAACUUGCAGUGGAAGCUAAAGAUCAACAGUUCAUUGCACAGCCAGGAGUCCAGAAUUUCCUUUCCAAGCAGUGGUAUGGAGAGAUCUCAAGAGACACCAAGAACUGGAAGAUUAUAUUGUGUCUCUUCCUUUUCCCUUUAAUUGGCUGUGGGUUCAUUUCCUUCAGGAAAAAGCCUAUGGAGAAGAGUAAGAAGCUCAUCUUGUAUUAUUUAUCAUUCUUCACUUCCCCAUUUGUGGUUUUCUCCUGGACUGUCAUUUUCUACAUCAUGUUCCUGCUGCUUUUUGCUUAUGUCCUGCUUAUGGAUUUCCAGAAGGAACCCACCGUGCUGGAGGAGCUACUUUAUGUUCUGGUCUUCAUCCUGCUUUGUGAUGAAGUGAGACAAUGGUACAUGAAUGGGAGUAAAUAUUUCUUAGACCUAUGGAAUGUCAUGGAUACACUUGGCAUUUUUUACUUCAUUGCAGGAAUGGUGUUCAGGCUCCACUCCUCCAAUGAAAGCUCUUUGUAUUCUGGAAAAGUCAUUUUUUGCCUGGACUACAUAAUUUUUACUCUAAGACUGGUCCACAUUUUCACAGUUAGUAGGAAUCUGGGACCAAAAAUUAUUAUGCUGCAGAGGAUGAUGGUUGAUGUUUUCUUCUUCCUUUUCCUCUUUGCUGUGUGGAUGGUUGCCUUUGGUGUGGCCAGGCAAGGAAUUCUAAGAAAGAAUGAGCACCGUUGGGAGUGGAUAUUUCGAUCUGUCAUCUAUGAGCCAUACCUGGCUAUGUUUGGGCAGUACCCUGAUGAUAUUGACGGUACCACAUAUAAUUUUGAUCGAUGCACCGUCUCUGGGAAUGAGUCUAAACCUUUAUGUGUGGAGGUGGAUGCCAAUAACCGACCCCUUUUUCCUGAGUGGAUCACUAUCCCAUUGGUGUGCAUCUACAUGCUUUCGACCAACAUCCUCCUAGUGAACCUGCUGGUUGCCAUGUUUGGUUACACCGUUGGAUCAGUACAAGAAAACAAUGAUCAAGUGUGGAAGUUCCAGCGAUAUUUCUUGGUUCAAGAGUACUGUAAUCGUUUGACUAUUCCAUUUCCUUUUGUCAUCUUUGCCUACAUCUACAUGGUGAUGAAGAAAUGUUUUAAAUACUGCUGUAAAAAGGAAAGCAAAGAGCUCUCCAUUUGUUGCUUAAAAUAUGAGGACAAUGAGAUUCUCUCGUGGGAAGCUGUCAUGAAAGAAAAUUACCUUGUCAAAAUCAAUACCAAAGCAAAUGAUUCAUCAGAGGAGAUGGAACAUCGAUUUAGACAACUGGAUGCAAAGCUCAGUGAUCUGAAGGGUCUUCUGAAAGAGAUCACCACCAAAAUCAAGUGACAACAACCUGAAUCUAGAUGAAGCCCACUUCAGCAGUGUACUGAAUUACUCCUUGGAGAAGUAUUAAAGAGGAAUGGAUCCAACAACAAACGGAGGUGCCUAAUAAUGAGUUGGCAUGAUUCUUGGUGCUUUAAAAAUCUCUUUUCUAUCUAUGCUUCUGAAAGA